AUAAUUAUUGAUAAAAAAAAUUAUAUGGUAAAGCGAGACAGCUUGGUUUCUUAUUUUCGGUUCGAAUUUCCGGUAGGUUUCCGGCUUCUCCAGCCACCAUGGCGGGUCAUCAAUCAUCGGAAACUGCUCCAAAUCUUCAUGUAAAUUGCAUCUGGAGCUCAAUUUCGGGCGACAAGGUAGGCAAUGGAACUAAAAGCUGGACAAAUCUGUUCGGAUCUGGAUGCUCUCAAUCUCUGGUUUUUCAUUCUCCUGUCGAAGUUGGUGGAAGGAAAAUAGCUAAGCCACCAAGGGAAGUGAUCGAAAGGGGGAAGAAUCAAUGGCAAAACUGCUUGAUUGGCUGGUUCGUUGGCUCUACUCCUGAUUUCAAGCAAGUUACCUCCACCGUUAAUAUGCUUUGGGAAAACACUGUGCGGGUAUCUACAAGAGGUCAGCUCUAUAUUUUUAAAUUCUCCGAUGGAGAAACCCUUAAUUGGGUGCUGGAAUCAGGUCCGUGGCAUGUGGGACAUAUACCAUUGAUUCUACAGAGAUGGUGCACUGAGUUGUCGGUAGGUAAGGCUGAUUUUCGGAAAAUCCCGGUCUGGGUGAUUUUGCGUAACAUCCCUAUGCACCUCUACGACUGCACAGGCAUCAGUUAUAUUGCUAGUGUGGUGGGGAAGCCUCUAUACAUGGACAAGGGAACUGCUCAACAAACUCAUUUGGACUUUGCUAAAGUAUGUGUUGAGAUCGAUUUUGAGGAUGAGAUACCUGCAGAGAUUAUGCUAGAUUGCGGUGAUGAUUUUGUAGUUGGAAUCUCUGUGAGUAUCCCAUGGGUUCCUGAAAAGUGCUCGAAGUGUCGGGUGUUCGGGCACAAUUGCUUACGGCAGCAACAAUCUUCGCUACAAAGAGAUAUGCAGCAAAGACUACAAGCAUCAGGUUCGGUGCUUCAACCCACCCAAAAUAUGAUGGACCAACAAAACCAGCUUUACCGAAAUCAGAGAGGCCUUGCAGAGGCAUCAUCGAUGCCUCUUUAUUCCACUGCUCAGGCAGGCCAAGCGAAUGGAGGUGACUGGCAAGAGGAGAUUUAUCAGAGGAUCAAAUCUUUGAAGGAUUUUUAUUUGCAAGACUUAAAUGAGAUGUACCAGAAAAUUGCUACGAAGCUGCAGCAGCAUGAUUCUCUUCCUCAGCAUCCGAGGUCGGAGCAGCUUGAAAAGCUGAUACUCUUCAAAGUAAUGUUGGAGCGCCUUAUUGCUAUGCUGCAAGUUCCCAAAAGUGAAAUAUAUCCAGGCCUCAAGGAGAAGCUGCCCUCUUAUGAGAAGCAGAUAGUGCAAUUCUUAAAUACUAACAGGCCCAGAAGGCAGCAAGGGCAACUUCCACCGCAUCAUAUGCCCUCAGUGCAGCCUCAACAGUGACAGCCUCACGUUGGUCAACAAUAUAAGGAAAAUAAAGAACAGCUUUCUGCUUCCUCUGUAACAUUAAUUUCAUUCCGAGUUCAGCUAGCAUUUAUUUCUUAGUUUAUAUAAAAAGAAUCAUGAAAGUUCAGAAAAUUUGUCUUGUCCAUCCCCCUAGAUACAAGCUGCUAUUUCUCAAGCCGGGACUCUUUCUUCUCGUUUUGAUUUAUGGUCGGAACACUACAUUCUGCAAGCAAACAUCUUCCCUGCCUUUUUUACAUCAGUAAUAAUGUAUUUUCUUCUUUCGGCAAACAAAAUAAAUAAAUAAAACAAAACAACAAUAAAAAGAAAAAAGAAUGAGGCUCAUGAUUUACUUGCGAGCUCCCAUUUUUUUCUCCAUCUGCUGAUUUGAUAAACUUUUGUUUGGUCGUAUUACUCCAUAUAGAUUCUUGUAAAGAUCGAAUCUGAUACAGGCGUGCAAUCUUGUUCAGGCGAACCAUGUCCUUAAGGAAGAGAUCAGGGAAAUAAACCAAUGGCUUAUAGACACAGUCGUCAAUAUUAGUGAUGAGGACGUCGAUCCAACUGCUGUGGCUGCUGUGGCAGAAGGGGUUGAGGCCUAGGGACCGAUACGAUGAUUGGUUUAGGUAGGGUGGCCGGCCUACUACGGGCACCUGUAGGGAUUAGUGCGUGAGACCGCGAUCCACAAACUGACGCAUGGGACUCACCCUUUACUUGGAAUGAAGAGGGGAAAGAUAGCAUGUCACAAGAGCGAGGCGAGGUCUGGAACCCUACUGCGAGAGGGACGCCUCGUGAGCCGGGCUUCUAGAGAUGAGGCCUUUUGGCGAAGCCAAGUCAAUUUCGGGCCACCGAACCGUGCAACUGAUGAGAAGGCCCUAUGGAGUAAAGGGAAGCGUGUACAUUGUCACACUCCCUGCCUUCCAAAGGUGCCUAGAGGACGGGCUAAGACAUAAAACCGGAGAGAAGUUUCUCUUAGACAGAGUGAACGCGAUUAAUUAAUUAUUAUUUUCCAGAACCAAUCACAGAACAUUGCUGUGCAUUUUGGAUCUGUUUUUCUUUAUUAUAUUAAUUAAAUAAAACAAGCUAAUCCUCA